AUGGCCGAGCUGGCCGCCGAGCUGGAGCGCAUCAAGAGGCUGGAGACCCCGCAGCCGCCGGGCCCGCAGUGCCUGAGCUUUGUGGAAAGCGACUGGUUCGGGGCGCUCUGCAACCUCAUGGUCGCCCUGAACCUGACCGGGAUGGCCUUCGGGCACGAGGUGCGCGCGGCCCUCGGGGAGGAGCGCCAGGUCUUACUGGACAACGCCUUCCUGUUGUGGUACGUAGCAGAGCUCACGGUCAAGGCGGCGUACUUCCAGGUCGACCUCCUAUUUGGACCCGUGAACGUCGUAUGGUGGAACUGGAUGGAUUUGGUUAUUGUCGUUAGCGGGGCACUGGAGCAGUGGUUGAUGCCGCUGCUCACGUCCACCGGCCUGCCAGGGGUCAAGCUGAAUUUGACUGGGAUGCGGGCCUUGAGGUUUCUGCGCUUUCUACGCGUUCUCCGGGCCCUUAAGCUCGUUCGCGUGUUCGUGCAAGGGGACUUCGGCUGGGUGCAGGGCACCACGUACGAGAUCGUCGGGACGGUGAUCCUCGGGGUGAAUUCGCUCACCAUGGCGGUGGAGCUCGACAACGCCGGGUGGCCGUGGUGGUCUCUCCUGAACGGCGCCGGAUUUCUUGCCUUCUACACGUUUGACAUACUCUGCAGACUGAAGUUUCAGGGCCUGGCGUUCUUUUAUGACAGAGAUACGCUUGGAUGGAACUACCUUGACUUCAUUCAACGGCUUAUCGUGUGCGAGGGCGUCGUGGACCAGUGGGUCCUGCCCGUGGCGCACGCCUUGGUGGCAGUCGUCAGCGGCCAGCGCUCCGAGCACGAGAGUACUUCGGCAAUGGGCAUGCUGAAGAUGCUGAGGCUCCUGAGGAUCCUGCGGCUGGCGCGUCUCUGCAGGAGCAUCCCGCCGCUUUACAAGCUGAUGCAGGGGGUCGCCGAGGCCCUAG